AUGCUGCCUAUGAUCAAGCUGGGCGGCCUGGUGGCUCGCACGCUGACGAAGCCCCUGGCGCGCGUGGUCAAGUCGCGCUCCAAGGUGCACCCGCUGCUGAACGCCGUGUGCGGGCGGCUGGGCCAGCAGCAGCACGAGCUGAGCAUGAAGCUGCACAUGGGCUUCCGCGGCAUCUCCAACUACACCAUCAAGCCGCUGCCGGCGGACCAGGCGGUGGAGCAGGGUGCGGACCUCGUGGGCGAGCUGCUCAUCUUCUCGGUGGCGCUGGGCGUGGCGUCGCUCGAGUACUCGCGCUCGGCGGCCAGCGCGCGCGUCAAGGAGGCCAAGCAGCGCGAGCUGCAGCUGCAGGAGGAGCGCGAGGUGGAGGCGCGCUUCGAGUACCUGGAGAGCCAGGUGGUGUGGCUCGAGGACCGAGUGGCGCAGCUCUCGGGCGUGCUGGAGGCUGAGAUGGGCGCGCGCGUGGACCAGCUAGUGGCCGAGGCCAACAGACAGAAGGAGGAGGGCGGAAGCAGCGACGCCCAGGCGUCGACCGGCGCCUCGAGACUCGCGCGCAGGAGACAGCAGCGACUUGACCAGAACGUGCAUGUUGGCGUCGAUUUCGACGAGAAGGUGGCGGCGGAGGCUUCGUCCUCAGUGGCGAAGCUCUGGACUUCGACGUACGACGCAGUGGCGGGGUUGUUCAAGUAA